AUGAAUAACAGAGUUGGAGUUGAAGAAUUUGUUGAAGUUAAUUCUAAUACAACACGAUUCCGAACAUUAUCUGAACAUUUUCGAAAGAGAAAAUUAAUGUGGAUAAUAGUUUUGAUUGUUUUUAUUGAUAUAGUUAUAAUUAUUCCGACAAUUCUUAUUACAUGGAACCACAGAAAAAUGGAAAAAGUAUUUACAACAGAGAUAACAACAGCCAAGAUAACAUCAACAAUAACAAUAACAACAGAAAUAACAACAUCUACAACGACAGAGAUAACAUCACCAAUAACAACAACAACAACAACAGCCAAAAUAACAACUGCAAAGAAUGAACAAAUACUUUUUCCUGUUAUCAUUGAUAACAAUACAAAAUGGAAACAGACUGCAGUUACUGUUGCUGGAGGAAAUGAACGGGGAAGUGAAUUAAAUCAAUUAAAUCUUCCCAUAGGUUUUUAUGUUGAUAAUGAUGAUGACAGUAUUUAUAUUGCUGACUGUGAUAAUCAUCGUAUAGUUAGAUGGGAAUCUGGUGCAAAGAAUGGUGAAAUUGUUGCAGGCCGAAAACCAGGUGAAAGUGCAACAGAUGUAUUGAAGUAUCCAACGGAUGUAAUUCUUGAUAAAGAGAAAGAAUAUCUCAUCAUUUGUGAUGGUGGAAACCAACGAGUAAUGCGCUGGUCUCGUCAAAAUAGUCAGGAUCAGCAAAUAUUUAUACCUCAUAUUGUUUGCUACGGUUUAGCAAUAGAUAAUAAUGGAGAUAUUUAUAUUUCUGAAUUGGUAAAACAUCAAGUGAGACGCUUUCAACAAGGAGGAGAUACAAUAGGUACAGUUGUAGCAGGUGGAAAUGGAGAAGGAAUUCGGCUUAAUCAAUUCGAUAGACCUGAAUUUAUUUUCGUCGAUGAAGAUCAUACUGUUUACGUUGUGGAUUAUGGGAAUAGUCGCGUGAUGAAAUGGAUGAAAAAUGCUACUGAAGGUAUUCGUAUUAUUCCUGGACAAGCAUCUGAUAUGAAUCCUAGUCCACUAGGUCGUGCCAACGGUGCGAUUGUUGAUCAUAUGGGUAAUAUUUAUGUGUCGACGACUUUAAGUAAUCAAGUAACGCGUUGGUUGCCAGAUGCAAUAGAAGGUACUCCUGUCGUUGGUGAAAUUCAAAUGGGAAGCGGACCCACACAACUCAAAGAGCUACAUGAUUUAUCAUUUGAUCGCCAGGGUAAUAUUUAUGUUGUUGAUAGAGGCAACAACCGAAUACAAAAAUUUAUUAUUGAUCGUGGCUGA